AACCACUAGGCUACCCUGCCGCCCCAAAUCUCUUGAUGCCGUUAUGGAAACAGGUUUUAUUGGCUAAAUUUGGAAACUCCUAUCUUGCUGCAAAAAAAUUGAAAUAUCUCGUUUUCAGGACCUUUGGGCGGGUUUUGAGACAUCGUUUGGUUAGACAUUUGAUUUUGACCCUGGCAACCCUGCGUAGUAGGUUACUUUACCUGUGUGCAGGUAGCCAAAGUCGCAUCGGAAUGAGAACUUUCGACUCAUUGUUUGCUUGAGUAGUUAGGAUAAAUCUAUGUGUUCGGAUUUAGACUAUAUGUAAGGUUGUCGUCCAUAAUUUAGUUUGUCAUUUGAAACAAUCCCGGAGCAUUCCAGAUGGAAUGAUAUCUGGAACGUGUACUUUCACUUUUACUUACUAGCAUACAGGGCUGUCAAACUCGGACCGAAGGAAAUGGCAGGUAGCUUUUUUGGGAAAGUUAUACUGCUUUUGGUUUAUUUUUUCGCGGAGGUGACAGGUGAACAGCAGUAUGGUGGCCUGGGAAGAGAGAUCACCCUGACCCCCAAGGUCUCAGGUCAGCCUGAGGACAUCCUGUGGAAACACAAUGGGAACAAGGUGGUGGAGUUUGAUAGGAGUCAGAAUGUUGAGUAUGGCAGGUAUAAAGGCAGGACCAUCCUGGACUGGGACUCUGGAGCGCUAACUAUCAAAGGUCUCACUGAUGCAGACAGUGGGCCCUAUGAGUUAGAGGCUGUCGUCAAGGGCAAGCUGCAGUACUCUCAACAUAAGGUGGGGGUUAUUGAUGAUGUGGCACAGCCCAGUGCAACCUGUGUGGUUGACACCACAACCCCAGAGAACAUGGACAGAACCCUGCUGUGCUCAGCUGACCUCCAGCCCCUGACCCAGUUCUUCUGGAGGAGUCCUGAGGGGUCAGAGAGUCCUGGACCUGAACUGUUCAUACCUGGGGGGGAGAACCAGGAUUCUGAGAACCAGGAGUCUAUCUACACAUGUGUGGUGAAAAACCCUGUGAGUGAGAAAAGUGCAGAGUUCACCCUGAAGAACUGCUACACUGAGGAAGGCUCAUCCAGUGUCCUGGCUGUGGUCCUGUCCAUUCUCCUUCUCCUCGUCUUAGUUGCUGUUCUGGCAUUUCUCUUGUGGUACUACUGGAGGAAAGGCAAGAAACCAGCUGAAGCUGCACUGAGAAAAUCUGAAGAAGAGAAAGGACUGGUGGAAGAUAUAAAACAAGGAAACAAAGAUCCUGAGGAUGACCAUUCUGAGAACACUGGAAAUAUAACUUCUAUACCAAAAGGAAUGGUAAAAGAGCAGGUAGAGCUGAUAAACAAGCAGAAUGCAGAUCCAAAUAGGAUAUGGCAAACUGAACCAGCUGGAAGAAUUUUCUCUCCAACAAAAAGUAGGGGUCACAGCCUUCUAUACAGACAGAAUGACAGUCUCUCAGACAAACAGACAGUGACAGACACAGAGCAUGUACAGGACAAGCCCAACCCAGGCCAACAAGACCUAGUCACACCAGACCCCACCCCUGCCCAACAAGACCUAGUCACAGAAGACCCCACCCCUGCCCAACAAGACCUAGUCACACCAGACCCCACCCCUGCCCAACAAGACCUAGUCACAGCAGACCCCACCCCUGCCCAACAAGACCUAGUCACAGAAGACCCCACCCCUGCCCAACAAGACCUAGUCACAGCAGACCCCACCCCUGCCCAACAAGACCUAGUCACAGAAGACCCCACCCCUGCCCAACAAGACCUAGUCACAGAAGACCCCACCCCUGCCCAACAAGACCUAGUCACAGCAGACCCCACCCUUGCCCAACAAGACCUAGUCACACCAGACCCCACCCAGGCCCAACAAGACCUAGUCACACCAGACCCCACCCCUGCCCAACAAGACCUAGUCACAGAAGACCCCACCCCUGCCCAACAAGACCUAGUCACAGAAGACCCCACCCCUGCCCAACAAGACCUAGUCACAGCAGACAGCACCCCUGCCCAACAAGAACUAGUCACAGAAGACCCCACCCCUGCCCAACAAGACCUAGUCACAGCAGACCCCACCCUUGCCCAACAAGACCUACUCACACCAGACCCCACCCCUGCCCAACAAGACCUAGUCACAGCAGACAGCACCCCUGCCCAACAAGAACUAGUCACAGAAGACCCCACCCCUGCCCAACAAGACCUAGUCACAGCAGACCCCACCCUUGCCCAACAAGACCUACUCACACCAGACACCACCCCUGCCCAACAAGACCUAGUCACACCAGACCCCACCCAGGCCCAACAAGACCUAGUCACACCAGACCCCACCCCUGCCCAACAAGACCUAGUCACACCAGACCACUCCCAGGCCCAACAAGACCUAGUCACACCAGACCACUCCCAGGCCCAACAAGACCUAGUCACACCAGAAUCCAAAGAAUCCAAGCUAGGCACGCCCACACCAGAACCCAACCAGGAAACAGUUCCAGCUCCAGGGACAGCUUCAGGACAAAAAUACCCAAUCACAACAGAGACAGCUUCAGGCCAAAAAUACCCAAUCACAACAGAGACAGCUUCAGGACAAAAAUACCCAAUCACAACAGAGACAGCUUCAGGACAAAAAUACCCAAUCACAGCAGGGACAGCUUCAGGACAAAAAUACCCAAUCACAGCAGGGACAGCUUCAGGUCAAAAAUACCCAAUCACAACAGAGACAGCUUCAGGACAAAAAUACCCAAUCACAGCAGGGACAGCUUCAGGCCAAAAAUACCCAAUCACAACAGAGACAGCUUCAGGACAAAAAUACCCAAUCACAACAGAGACAGCUUCAGGCCAAAAAUACCCAAUCACAACAGAGACAGCUUCAGGACAAAAAUACCCAAUCACAACAGAGACAGCUUCUGGACAAAAAUACCCAAUCACAGCAGGGACAGCUCCAGGCCACACAGACUCAGCAGGCACAACAGAGGCAGCUCCAGGCCAAACAGAAUCAGCAGGCACAACACCCAAAUGGAUUCCACUAAAUGCAGAAACAGAUAAACCCAACCAGGACAUAGGGCACAAGAAGGCCCUGCUAGAGCUGAACAAACCAGGUCUUAAACAGGAGAAUGAACUAGACCAAGAAUCAGACAAGCCCCAAGAGGAGAUGACAAACCUGUACACGGGAGAUGGUAAACAUGAGAGCGACUCAGGCACUUAAUGAUGAAUGAUGAAAAGCCAGAGAUAAAGAUCCAAGGAGAAGGACCGUACACAGCAGACCACAAAGACAAUAACCAAACACAUCAACACACACAGGAGGACAACCAGGACAUCCAGUCAGGGGAACCAGCCAGGGGAGUGAAGACAGAAUAAUGAUGUGGAAGAAUAAGGGAAAGUGCAAAGAGUAAGUAAUGAGGAGAACAGAGAUGGGAUAAUGGACCACAAUAGAUGUAUGGGUGCAAACACAGAGGAGAUGAUGGGGGAAAUGAAGUAGAGAUGGAGGAGGAAGGGAUAGAGCAGAAGGAACCAGCCACAGAGAAAGAAGGAGAUAAUACCAACCAAACAUCUACUCAGAGUGAUGAGGAGUUGGAUGAGACACCCAUCACAGACCCCAAUGAGCAGCACAUUACCCAGACUACACUACAGGGUAGUCCACUGGGUAGUCCAGUGACAAUAAUCCCUAAUGCAAAUAACCCAGUAGAAUUAUGGGUAAACUGUAUGACUUUAAAUCCACUGUUUUUGAGAUGACACUAAAGUUUGGAUAACAGGUCUCCACCUUAUUUUCUACUGAGGUGCUACCCUCAUACUGUUAGAAGAAAAACUCUGGUGAAGAAAAUGCUGGAUGCUACAGUGUAAUAAAAGCAUUGGAAUUUCUUGAUUUUGGUUUCAUAGUUUGCAAACAGCAUUUUAUUCUCUAGUUAUAUUCAGUUCUAUGUACCUGUGGUAGCUAACAUAAUACAUUAUUUACUACAAGUUAAUACACUAUUUGUUAUUUUAUCUCAAUUUAAAUAUAUGUUUUAAUGAACCUUAACAUACUGUUAUUGCUAAAGAACUUACUUAGGCUACUGAUAUGCCAUCUUGAUGGGUUGUCAGAGGUCCUCAGUGAUCAGUGUAAAUAAAUAAAUGUUAACAGAAUGAUGUGAAUAAAUGACUAAAACAAGCGGUUGUCACUCUGCAUCAUGUGGGACUAAACAGCCCUCAGUAGUGGCCUGUAUUCAUGGAUGCCAAGGGAAGCCAGGCUUCCCCAACUAUUUAAACAAUCAAUAAAUACAAAUUCUCAAAUCA